AUGGUGGAUCAAACAAAGCUUUUCUCACAAACUUUCAUGAAAAGCAAAGCAAAUGUGAUUGUUAUAUAUGGAGAAAGUACAUCUAUUCUGUGGCUUACAAGUGUUAUAAUUGCAAGGAAUAUGAUUCAGCUAAUACUUCAUCAAUCUGUGAGGAAAGAACCUGAAGGGAAAGUAUGGAUUACCGCAGCUCAGAUAGAUUUCAUAUCAAAUGUUGUAAGAAAACUUGUGGACCUUGAUAUACAAAUGCUCCAAGGUGCCAUCUCCAUUACGAUUCACUCCAAGGAGAUUCAAGACUUCUCAGACUUUCUGCAGGGUGUAAAGCCUUCUGGACAAGGUGCAGAUGGUUUUAUCAAUGAUUUCUGGGAACAAGCCUUUGGUUGUUCACUUUCAAACGACACUGCAAUGGCAGACACUAUGGGUACAUGUACCGGAGAGGAGUUGCUGGAGAGCCUCCCUGCACCGUUUUUUGAAAUGAGCAUGACCGGCCACAGCUACAGUAUCUAUAAUGCUGUCUAUGCUCUGGCACACGCUUUACAUAUUAGGGUUAAAGUCGGAAGGCUGGAUCCUCAGGCCCCUCCUGGAAAAGAGCUCACCAUGAAUGGGGAUGAAAUCCAAUGGCACAGAGUCUUCACUCAGGUGCCACCCCUUUCCUUAUGUAAUGCCAACUGCCUUCCUGGUUAUGAGAAGAAAAAGAAGGAGGGCAAGAAGUUUUGUUGUUAUGAUUGUGAUCCAUGUCCUCGUGGGAUGUUCUCAAGUGAGAAGGGAUUGGAAACCUGUGCCAGAUGUCCUCCGGAUCAAUAUCCAAAUGAAGACCAGGAUCAGUGCAUUCCCAAGAAACCAAACUUCCUAGGCUUAGGUGAAACUUUGGCCAUUGUUUCAACUUUCUCUGCGCUUUCAUUCUCUCUGAUCACAGCUGUGGUACUUGGCAUUUUCAUUAAGCACCGGAACACUGCCAUCGUCAAAGCUAAUAACAGAAGCCUCACUUACAUUCUCCUCAUCUCCCUCCUCUUGUGUUUCCUUUGUUCCUUGAUGUUCAUUGGAAAGCCUAAUAAGGCAACCUGCCCACUUCGACAAACGGCUUUUGGCAUUGUCUUCUCUGUGGCCCUCUCCAGCAUCUUGGCCAAGACUAUUUCAGUAGUUUUGGCAUUCAUGGCUACCAAGCCAGGAUCCAGGAUCAGGAGAUGGGUAGGCAAAAAACUGGCUUAUUCCAUUGUCCUUUCCUGCUCUGUGAUUCAAGUAGGAAUCUGUGUCUUCUGGCUGGCAACCUCUCCCCCAUUCCCAGAUGUGGACAUGCACUCAAUGAGUGAAGAAAUUGUAUUACUAUGUAAUGAAGGGUCAAUCCUAAUGUUCUAUUCUGUUCUGGGCUACAUGGGCUUCCUUGCCAUUAUCAGCUUCACUGUGGCCUUCUUAGCCAGGAAGUUGCCUGACAGCUUCAACGAAGCCAAGUUCAUCACCUUCAGCAUGCUGGUCUUCUGCAGUGUUUGGUUCUCCUUUAUUCCAACAUACUUGAGCACCAGAGGAAAAUACAUGGUGGCUGUGGAGAUCUUCUCCAUCUUGGCUUCCAGUGCUGGGCUGCUGGGUUGCAUCUUUCCCCCUAAAUGCUACAUUAUUGUGGUGAGGCCUGAGCUGAAUAACAGAGAGCAGUUGAUACGGAGAAAGAUGUAA